GCUGUUUCAGAAUUAAAGGGAGCAGAUUUGUACUGCUCCACCACCCAUAGUGUCUUUUUCUUCAGACUCUGCUACCUGCACAAUUUAAUUUAAGAACAUACCAACCACCUAACAAAUAUUGAAGAACUUUCUGCAAAAGAAACAUUUUAGAUGUACAGAAAAUUAUGCAUGUCACAGUUACCCUGACUUGUAGAUGUCAAAUAGCAAGAACAUGAAUUUACAAGUUUUCACAUGUAUUUCAGCAAUAUAGAAAUAAGAGGGAGAAGUUUUUGUUGUUGUUUUUUUGCAAAUAGUGUUUCUUGUUAUAUUACACAGUAAUUGAUUCCUCUUGUAUAUUUAGAAAUAUACAGUAAGUAUGUUUUAUAUUUUAGUAAUCACUGAUCAGGGAUGACAAAAUUAACUGCUUGUCAAAAGUGCAUCUUAUGAAUUCUGAACUGAACUAUCAUUGUGCAUUGUUUAUGCUGUCCUCAUUUUUAGCCAAGUUGCAACAAAGUUGAACUCGGCUAUUGGUUUGGUGAUGCAGGCGGUUGGGUGUCAACAAUUGGUUUCCGGAUGAUAACUCGAAAAGUUUUCAAUCUAAUCAAAUGAAACUUGAAAUAUUGUUGGUUACCAGGUAAGGAAGACCCCUAUUAAUUUUGGAGAAAAAUGGUAAAAGGUCAAGGUCACAGUUGUUAUUUAAGUUAUUAAAUAUAGUUUAUAUAAGUUGAUUCUGUAUCAUAGCUAUCGGAUCUAUAUUUAGAAUAUGGCAGAUCUCGUGUAUCACGUGAUCAAAUAGACCAAUCAGUAUUAAGCUGUAUAGCAUCACUGCAUCAGUUUUGAAGUUCUUCUGUGGCUAAACAAAUUUCUUAGAUUCCUUCGGAAUAUUAUUCAAGGAUUUAUCACUUGUGCAUAUUUAUUUGUGUUCAUUGAACUUACGGUAUAUACACCAAACUGCGAAUUUGAACCUCGACAUGUGAAUGUGAGCGUGGGUGUUGAUACGGACACGCUCUAUUUGCAGUUUCCUUCAGAUUCUAGGAUAUUGUUUCUGUUUAUAUCGCUAAUAUUCAGUGUAACAUUACUGUGAUUAGUACCUUCGUUACAGUUAAACUUCGAAUGUGAACAGUGACAGGCUAAUGUGCGCAUGCUUUGUUUAAAUUGUCACGCUCCAGUUACCGAGUUUAUUACAAUCUUUAUGUGAUUACUGUGACUAAGCUACGCGUCAUAUCUUCUAAAAUGCCAGGAAGGAAACGAAAACAAAACGCUACAACAGCGCCAGUUAGGCAGAGACAAGUCAGACCCCGUCACGAAAACAAUUCGCGAUGGAAUUUGAACGAGCCUGAAAAUUGGUCUACUUCAGAAUUGUUUAAUAAACUGAGAGAAGCCAAUAUAAUCUUGCCAUCAAAUUUGAAGAAAGCUCAACUCGUGCAAAUAUUUAAGGACAAUGUUCUGAAUAAAGACAGAAGUGACUCAACGGACGAUUCAAGGGAAAUUCAGGUUCAGGACCGAGAGGUAAAUGUUCAAUAUGGCGAAUUGAAUUUACUUCCGGCAUCUUCAAUCAACAAUCCCGAGAACGAGGCUGGGCGGAUGUCAACAAAUGAUCCAUUCCUUAGGCACCAAGACGAGGCUGGGCGGAAGCAGGUAGAACUGUCAAAUGCUGUCCAAAACAUACAACGAUCAGUUGAGCAUCUCGCAAAUGAGAUUAGCACACUCAAGCGCCGCGGCGUUUCCAACCAGGACAAUGAGCCCUCAGGAUCAGGAAAUUUCACAAUUGACGCACCUACGCCAAGAAUAUCUUCCGACUCCGUCCCUCAUAUAGAAACGGUAUCGUCAAAUCUGCGAAACCAGAUCAUGCAAGGUAAGGAUGUCAACUUGGCUCUACUUCUUAUGCCCCACGAAAUUGAGGAGAAUAGUCUACAUGACAGCGAUGGGCGCUUCAUCGUAAUUAAAAACAACACUGACCCCAGAUUACAAAGAAAUCUGACUUUAAGCGAGUUUAUAGUGGCAUUCACUAAGUAUCGGAACAUCCUAUGCGAAUUCUUUCCAGAGAGAAGGUCCGAGUUAGAUGCAUACUUAAGGGAUAUCAUUGAAAUGGCAUCCACCACUAAGGGGUCGGCUUUUUACGAUUACCACAAAGCAUUUUCAGCAAGGGCCAGUACACUUCUACAACAGAGAAACAUCAGAAUUGAUUGGGCUAUUAGAGACACAAAACUAUUUACAACCAUAUUUGCCGGACAGACUAUUAAUCGUUGUGAAAUGUGCAAUAGUGUCACACAUUCGUCCCACUUCUGCCCCAGAAUUAAACACAACACCUUGCAAUCCCAGUCAAGCGCAUCACAACAAAAUCCGCAAACAUCUAGUCUGUGUGAUGUUCAGGGCAGGCCUAGGAUUAAACAUAAGGGCAAAGAAAUUUGCAACAAUUUUAACAGUGUGACAGGGUGUCAGAGGAAAGCAUGCAACUUAGUCCACAUAUGUUCAGAAUGCAAAUUCAACAACCACGCAGCACCCACGUGCAACAAACUGAAAGCCAAGCAAAGUAUCACCAGUGAAAAGGCGUGACUAUUAGAUGACAAAUCCCACUCAGGAAAUAUUGUUUCAGAUUUUAAGGUGACCAAAUUCCGACAGGCUGCCCCUCAAGCAGAAAAGAACCCAGUUAUGAUUCCUGCAAUGCAAGAACUCGUACUAUAUUAGAGGAAGAAGCUGAAAGAUUGUGUGAAAAUUCUUUGAGUGAAAGCACAAAAAG